UUGAUGAUAUGAGCAAUUGAUGGAAGCUUCGGGCUGAAGGGAAUUUGGCUGCGGGCCCAUCUUCAGUUCUGUUUGGGCGUAGCAUGAAGUCAUCCUCCGUUACCCGUCCGGCAGGACACAGUAGCAGCAGCAGCUCUCUCUCUCUCUCUCUCUCUCUCUCGUCCUUUCCCUCCCCCACCCCAAGACAACUUCAGACUUGAGUUGUCGGACGCCAGUCCAGCUGCUGCUAUUCUUCGCGAAAUUCUUUUUCUAAUUCUUCACUCAGUGAAGAGAUUGAUUAAUUGAUUGGUUCUUCCCUGACCGACCACAGAUCUGUCCCGUCCCUCCGGCGAAUCAUAGAGAGGGAGAGCGGAUAAUGGAUACGAUGAAUCAGGCGUUCGAGAAGGUGAAGAUGCUGGUGGGGAUGGAGGUGGAUGAGGAAUCCCCUCCACCAGCUGAUCCUGACUCCUUCUCUUUCAUGGACGACUUCAAUCGCCACUGCACCUUGUCCACCAAGCAGCGGUUUUAUGGCUUCGUCGUAUGUUUGGUUGCUGGACUAACUUGUACCCUCUUGUCGAUGCUUGUUUUCUUCAACCCAGUUAAAUUCGGGAUCACGUUCACUUUUGGGAAUAUGCUCGCUCUUGGGAGUACGGCAUUCCUCAUAGGCCCCAAGCGGCAGGUGAAUAUGAUGCUCGAUCCUGUUCGAAUAUAUGCAACAGCUUUAUAUCUUGCCAGCAUAAUAGUGGCAUUAUUUUGUGCUCUCUAUGUUCGUAACAAGCUGUUGACACUCCUGGCUAUCAUUCUAGAGUUUGGAGGGCUAAUAUGGUAUAGCUUGAGCUACAUCCCAUUUGCGCGAACUGUGGUGUCAAAGUUUAUGAUGGCUUGCUUUGACACUGAAUUCUAGGCCCUUGUGAAUGGGAGAAAAGCCCGGAUACAUCACUGCAGUCCUGUCAUGGCAGUUGGAACUCGGACUGCCUGAAGUUAGCGGCUUUUCUACGUGUAAAGUUUGAAGAUGCUGCAUGAAGCUUUUCGACAUAAUUCUGUGGAUGUGUAUUGAAGUUGAGAUCCCUUGUAAAAGAGGCCCACCUGGAAUUGCAGAGAGAACUGGGAAGAUGUGACAGCACAAAUCGGCUUGGUUACUUAUAAAGCUAACGUCCAAUGAAAGUUUGAGGUGUUGGGAAGGGAUGUGUUCAACCAAACAACAACGCAGUGAUUAAUCUUCCUCUC